UUAUGGACCAAUACCUUAAACAAUUCAAAAGUACUGAAUUAAUUUAACUCACUCUCUCUGGAGUUGUAGGCUUAAUCAUUUGUUUAAUGGCAUCUGCUAUUGGUAAUGCUGUACUUGUUGAAAUUAGCAUCAAUAUCAUUUUUUCAGCAGUAAUUAUAUCUCAUAUUUAUAGUAUUUUGGAAUUUGCUUUAUUAUUAUUGGAAUCUUAUUACUUAUUAGAGUUAAUAAUCUACCUGAAAAUACUCAAUUACAUUCAAAUAAAAAAUUCUUAUAAUAUUUUGGAAUCAUGGUUCUCACUUCAGGAAUUAUUUGUUUCUGUCUUGAAAGAGAUUGGUAAUAUUCAUUUCAUAUAAUAUUCAGGAAUAAAACUAUGGGUUAUUACACUAAAAUUCCGCUUUACAUUAUUUUAGGUGUUUCACUUAACUUUACUUUAAUCUUUGGCUUUGUUGAUACCAUUAAUUUUCUCAUUGGAUUCUUCUAAUAAGCAUGGUAAAGAACUUUAGUUGAAACACCUAAUCAAAUUAUUUGUACUCUUUUCAUUAGUACACUCAUUGGAUUUAUCUAUGGAUUAUUCUUUAGUGCUAUGGAUAUUGAAGUAUUUAAAAUAUCAUAUAUAAGGAUAUUAGAAAUUUUAAUAAACUAGAAAGUAGAUUGAUUUUAGAAGAAAAACUAUGUAUGCCCAUCGUAGGACUUUUAGGUCUUAUAGGUGGCGUAGCAAAUGAGUAUCUAAGAAUUCGAGGAGAUAAAUAUAUGCCUUAUACCUUUGAAACAGUUAAAGAUCCUUUUACAGAAGAAAUCUGAUAUUCUAUUAAAACUCCUUUUUGUGUUUUAUUGUUACA